AUAUAGUACAGCUUUGUAAACAACCUAUAUAGCUUUCGCUAAGAAAUAAAUAGUUAAACGCUAGUCUGGUAAUCUAGUAUAUUCCUAAAUCUUUAGUUUGAUUUUCUGCUAAUACGAUUUCAACAUGGUUGAUGCUGAAGGUGCGGCUCUCGUAUUCGACAAUGGAUCCGAUACGUUAAAAGCUGGUUUCGCAUCCGACGAGGCACCCCGUACCUUCUUCCCAACCAUCGUAGGCCGUCCUCGACAACGUGGUAUUUUUGCGGAAAAUAAAGAACUGUUUGUUGGAGAUGAAGCUCAGAAUCAUAGACGGGUCCUUAACAUUAAGCAUCCAAUUGAACGUGGUAUCAUCACCCACUGGGACGACAUGGAAAAGAUCUGGCAUCACACUUUCUACAACGAGCUUAGCGUAGACCCAGAAAAGCACCCAGUUCUUCUCACUGAAUCAGCACUUAACCCUGAAAGUAACCGAGAAACAAUGGUUUCGUACAUGUUCGAAAAAUUCAACACCCCCGCUAUGUACGUCGCCGUCCAGUCCAUGCUUUCAUUGACUGCAUCAGGUCGUAGCACUGGUACCAUCGUGGAAAGUGGACACGGUACUUCACUUGCAGUUCCAAUCUACGAAGGCCGUGUCGUUAAAUCAGCUGUUCUUUCGUUGGACGUGGCGGGAAGAAAUAUUACCAGUUACUUAAGAAAACUCUUGCUGGAAAAAGGUUAUUCCUUUAAUAACAUCAAGGCACCCCGUGUAACCCUCCGUGACAUCAAGGAAAAAUUGUGUAAUGUUGCUCUUGACUUCGACCAAGAAUUGGAUGCCAACACGGUUGAGCAAAGUUACGAGCUUCCUGACGGAGAGAUCAUCAAUGUAGGAAAGGAGGGUUUCAGGAGCACAGAGUUACUCUUUCAACCAUCCAUGAUUGGUAUGCAAUCUGAUGGAAUUCACCAAAUGACAAAUAACUCAAUCUUGAAGUGCGAUGCUGAAACACAGCAAAAGUAUAUGUACGGCAAUAUCGUUCUUGCUGGAGGAUCUUCCAUGUUUACCGGUUUUGCUGAGAGAAUGUACAAGGAAAUCACUGCUCUUGCACCAUCAACCUGUAAGGUGAAGAUCAUUGCCCCACCAGAGAGGAAAUACUCCGCGUGGAUUGGAGGAUCCAUCCUUGCUUCACUCUCCACCUUUAGAGAUACAUGUAUCAGCAAACAAGAGUACGAAGAGUUCGGUACCUCCAUUGUCCAACGAAAAUGCCUUGUUUAAAAAGGCAAUAACAUUAUUAGCUUGAUCCUGCAUGCUUUUACUCAGUGUAUACUGUUUCGUCAUUCGUCUUAUAAUUAAUACUCGGAUAACUCAUACUUGAGAAUGUAUAUCAAUACAUCAUUAUAUACACUGCAAA